AUGUGUGCGAGCCUCACGUUCGCUGACGUUGAUGAUGAUGAAGUUUCGAUGCAAAUCCCCAAUAUUAGGAUUGCGGAGGAGAAUCAGGAAGCACGUUUCUAUGCUAUGGGAAGGUUAGUAACCAACAAGCAGACAAAAUUUGUUUUCUUCCAGGAUACGAUGGCCGCCGUAGGGCAACCGACAAUGGGAGUGACCAUGAAACAACUGCAACCACAACAUUUUCUGUUUCGUUUUUAUAAUGAAGCAGACCUCCAACAAAUCCUCAAUGAUGGACCAUGGACUUACGAGCAAAGCCUGUUGGUCAUGCAGAAGUCUGGACCCGCUGACGAUCCAAAAACAGUGCCGCUAAACCAUUCUGAUUUCUGGAUUCAAAUACACUCCUUGCCUGCUGGGUUCCGGACUGAUGUAAUGACAUCGGCCAUUGGUUCGUUUCUGGGGACUCUGGUGAAGAUGGACGACAGGAAUUUCGGGGGCUCAAUGAGAACUUUCUACCGGGUACGUGUUACGAUUGAUAUUACUAAACCCCUUAAAAAGCAAAUGAAACUCAAGAAAGAUAAUGGAUCAUGGGCAUACGUGGACUUCCGUAUGAGAGGUUGCCAACCUUUUGCUUCAUAUGUGGGAAGAUUGGACAUGGGGACAGGGUGUGCCCCUGAAUUGCCCAGGGCAUUGAUGUCGAGACCGGAAAGCCUUAUGGUUCAGCGCUGA